AUGCCACCCUACCCCUCCCCCGCCUUGCUUCUCCAGAAGCGAGACAACAUGGGCUUCCAGAUCGCCCCCAGUCUCAUCAUCUUCCUCGUCAUCCUUGGCGCCGGCGCCCUCGUGUGCUGCGGCUUCGCCGUCUUCCGAUUUUAUAGCGAUGCCGACGACGAUGCCAGCCGCUUCACUCGGUCGCCCGAGCAAGACGCAUACAUGCGCGAAGUGAGGGAACGCAGUUGGGCCAAGCUGCCCAAGCUAGGCGCACCAAAGGGCGCUUACUACGCAGACCAACAUGCACACGCACCCAUGAGCCCGAGCGCAAGCAACACAACCUACGGGUGA